AUGAAGUUCAUCAAGCAAAUCGCCCAGCGCCUGAACCCCGACUUACACAUCCCCGGCACCGACAACCCACCGCCAGCCGUGCUGCGCAAGUCAAAGAGUUCAACAACACUACUAGUAACAGAGAAACGAAAAGAACUCUCCACACCGCCAUCGCAAUCCUCUCUGCGCAAGAAAGCAAGUUCCAUGUUCCUAGGCCGCGGGAAACGCCUACGCGCUAUCCCCAUCCCCGCUUUCAACACCGCGACCCUCGACCCAAAACUCCUCAAGGACAACACAGCCUUCCACGCAAACCUCAAGGCAACCCUCGACGCGCACGUCUACCAGAACAUCAACCAGGACCACUCAAACGCCCACGCCCGUCAUACCAUUCACACCCUCACCGCGUGA